GCUGAGCGGGCAAAAAAGGAACAGAAAGCUAGGAAAGCAUUGUCGGGGGAACAGAGAAAGAGACAGACUGACCGAGCCAGGACUCAGACACAAGCAAACAUAGGAGCUGCCAAAUAUUUAUUCCGAAGCUGUAGGGGGAGCGCUAUAGAGAAACCUGCGAGAAAAAACAGUGAAUAAAUGGCCAAAACUGCAUAGCGCCCCUUUAAAUAGUAGCCUACGCCUUUCAUCAUGGGGAAACAUCCAACAGGGUUGUGUAGGCCUAAUAGAUGUCAAAAACAAGAAACUGUGCAAUAUGUUUUAAUUAAAUAUAGGAAAUACAGUAUAUGUUAGAGAGAAGGACAAUGAUGGAGGGAAUGAGAAGAGCAGGACUGAGGGUAAAUGGAUUAGGAAACAUACUGGAAUGUGGAGGAGGUGAACAAGGCAGGAGAUCCAACCAUGCUGCUCCAGUUUGUGUAUAGCACCCGGGACUUUGUCAGAGAUGUGCAUCGGAGCAGUGGAAACAGACUUGGGAUUGGAUCACUACCAGCAAAGUUUGACACGACCAUCCAUGCCGGCUGGACAGACAGAAUGAACAGGGGACUCUUCCGCUACCAUCUGGGUGAUUUACAAACGCGUAUCCUGUCGGGCCCGCAUGGCUACGUGGCCCAGCUUAAUAUUCAAAGAGGAAUAGAGAGAAGAAAGCCACAGGAGAUACUUAGCGUUCAGCAGGAGUUCAAUGCCAAGCAGUUUAAUUUUAACAAAAUCAAUCCAGAAGAAAUCAUUUUUGAGAUGAUAAAGGAUGUUGAGGGAGGCAAAGAAAAGGGACAGUUGCAUGAACCCUGCAGGAUGGUCGUGCUGGUCAAUGUCAGCCCUUUGGAGUUCGGACAUUGUCUCUUUGUUCCAGAUCCUUUACGCUGUUUGCCACAGGUCCUGACAUGCUUCACCAUUCAGGUUGGUAUUGAAUCUGUGCUCCUGAGCUCCGAUCCUGGCUUCCGUGUGGGGUUCAAUAGUCUUGGAGCAUUUGCGUCCGUCAAUCAUUUACACCUACAUGGGUAUUACCUGGAUCAUGAGCUCAAGAUAGAAUCUAUGCCAGUGAAGCCUCUGGUUCCUGAAAAGGGGUUUUAUCGCUUGUUGGACUUUCCUGCAGGCUUUUUGUUUUACACAGAAUCAGAGUGGGUGGAGAAAGUUGCCGGAGCCAUCUGUCAAGUCACAGACUUUCUUGUGGACGCUAAUAUUGCUCACAACCUGUUCUUGACUAGAGGAUGUCCACCCUGUGAUCGCACACAGAACCAAAAGGAUCACUGUUCAAGAAAAGGUGUUCGUAUUGCUGUAUGGCCCAGAACAUCAUGCUUCGGUGCCAAGGAGGAAUCUGCCUUCAAUGUUGCUCUCUGUGAGCUGGCUGGACAUUUACCAUUUAAGAAUAAGGAGGACUAUGAGCUCACAACUGAGAAAGAUGUAAUGGAUGUCAUCCAGAGGUAUCUUCUGCCUGAUGCAGAGUUUCAAACAUUGGAACAGCAGCUUACUCGUCAUUUGAUGGAUGUAUAAUGUAUGGACAUUAAAGCCUUUUUACAUCCUGUGCUGGAGUUCAAAUGAACUAGGUUAGAAGCUUCAGAAUCCGUUUAAUAUAACAUUGGAUGUGCACAAUACCUUCUUAUAUAUUUUAGAAUAUAUAUUUAAUGGAUGUACUGUAUUCAAAUUUCAAAUAAAAUGCCAUAACCAUAAUAA